AAAAAACCCUGGCCCCUCGAACUCUGGGGCCGCUGAGCGAUGUUGCGGCGCUGCACGGCCGCGCUGCGCACGGCCGGGGGUCAGAAGUUCUUCAUUGCGCUCCGCGACUUGGGCAGCCGGAGCGCAAGAGGUUGGCCUCCGCGUGUGCGACUGCGAGGCUUACCAUUUGGCGUGCAUGAGGAUGAGAUUCGACGCUGCUUCGAAGGCUUUUCCUUGGCGCAGGUGGACGUUGAAAACGCUGAAAAGCAGGAUGUGGUGAUCCUCAGGAGGACCAGAGAUCAUCUUCCGACGGGACACGCUUUGGUGUACUUCACAGACUGGGAGGAGGCGUGUCGCGCGCGAGAAGAGAAGCAACGCACCUACAUCGGAAAUCGCUGGAUCGAAAUCUAUGUGGAUUGGUCUCCGGAUUGGUUCGCUUCGGAGACCUCGCCCAGUGACUGAGAGGCGAUUCAAAAGCGGCUGUGUGCUGCACCCUUCGCGAUUGCGUGCGACAGAGGAAAA